AUUUUAUACAUAUUUUCCUCCCUCCAACGCAGCCCGGCCUUGCUUCUUUUCAAGUCUUGCUUGUCUUCAAACGGUGUUUCAACAAAGCCAAUAGUUAAGAUGAUACCUGUACGCUUUCAAGCCAUUGUGCUUACACUCCUCAGUUCGUCUCCCUCCUCUCCUUUAUCUUGCGAAGUCACCAAAGACUAAUAGCUACAGCCCUCGUCCCCCUAACCCUCAGUUCCACACUUCAGCCCCGGGACGACGAUGAUGACAUGGCGGGUCUCCACGGCACGCCCUCCCUCCGCACAACUGCCCACGUAGUACACGGCAUCACCAUCUCCGUUGCUAUCGUUUUAUUCUUCCCCCUUGGAGGCAUUCUCCUCCGCACAAUGCAGCUACACCCCACCGCCUCCCCCUCCGCAGUGAAAUUCCACCUCUACUGGCAGUCAACAGGAAUGUUUAUCCUCUGUGCAGGAUUCGGGCUCGGGUGCUGGUUAUCAUACCUCCAUAACGAGCUGUGGAACCAAGGACAUGAACAAAUGGGAACUGUGAUCUUUGCACUGUUUCUCAUGCAACCUAUCCUCGGCCUUGUCCACCACCGCAACUAUCGAAAAUUAAUCGAGAAGGGAGAUGUCGAUGAGCUGCGGACGAUGUGGUGGACGAGGAUCCAUACUUGGUACGGACGAAGCUUGAUAGUACUAGGAGUAGUCUGCGGCGGUACAGGAAUCCAGCUAGCAGCUAACUGGACGAUCCCGCAGAUGCUUGUGUACCUGGUCGUUGCAGUUGUGAUAGCCUUCAUCUAUGUAAUUGUAUUGUGGGUGUGGUGGGGAAAAGGACGAGGAAGAAAGAGACUGAGGCUCGGGACGCGGAGUUUGGAGGGGUUGCCGCUGGGUUUGCCUGGUGAGAGACUUAGUUUACCGCUAGGGUGGUUGGGGGAGAGUGCGAGGGGGAGUGAGGAGAAGGUUAGGAGUUUGAGGGAGGUGGAUGAGGAGAAAAUGGGGUGA